AUGGAAUCUCAAGAAGCAGGGCAAAUACCGUACGGGAGCAGCGUGAUCAGAUCGAACGCCGUGGACGUGUCUUUGCCCAUCAACUACAAGAACAUCGCGGGCAAGACCAUUCUCAUCACAGGCGGCGCAUCAGGCUUCGGCGCCGCGUGUUUCCAACAAUGGGCUAACCACGGCGCAAAUGUGAUCAUUGGCGACGUGAACGCCCAAGCAGGCACUGAACUCGUGGCGCGCAUAAGAAAAGAAACAGGCAACGCCAACCACCAUUUCCUCUCACUCGACGUGAGCAGCUGGCCCAGUCAAGCUGCCUUCUUCAAGCAAGCCGCGAAGCUCAGUCCCCAUGGCGGCAUCGAUCAUGUCAUGGCCAACGCGGGCAUCACCAGCGUGCCGGAAGAGGGCUCCUUCCAGGACCCGCCAGACUACGCGACUAUGGAGGAUCCCCCUGCGCCGGUGCACCGGACGCUGGAUAUCAAUCUCACGGGCGUCGUCUACACUACGCACCUGGCAAUCGCGUAUUUGUCGCGUAACCCUGGUAGCAGGAAUUGCAGCGUGGACGAGCAUACCGCGCCACGCGAUCGGCAUUUGAUACUUGUUUCGUCGCUGGCGGGUUUGAGCGGUCUCCCGAGUUUGCCUUUCUACGCGACUGCCAAACAUGGCGUGGUGGGGUUGUUCAGGACAUUGCGGAUCACGGGCGCGCUUAAGAGUGGCAUUCGCGUCAACAUGAUCAAUCCAUAUUUCGUUGAAACACCGCUCCUGGGCAUUGAUGGAGCAUUGGUGAUGGCCGGCGGCGCAAUGGCGAAGAUAGAAGAUGUCAUCGAAGCAACCACGCGACUGGUCGCAGACCAGGGAAUCAUAGGCCGUGCGCUGGUCAUUGGGUUUCGAGGGCCCUCGUCGGUGGCGAAAGCCGCGGGACUGCAACCUGUGGUGGCAGACCAGGCGAUCUGGGACGUCUACGCUCAUGAUUUCGAGCAGUCCGAUGUCUUUGUCAGGCGCAUUAUUGGGGUCACGAAUCUGAUUGCUACGGCGAGAGGAUGGGUUGGUGUUAUUAGCGAUGUUGGUGCGAAGUUGAGUAGGCCGUUUUGGAAAGUUCUGGGAUAUUGA